GGCCACCACCGUCUCCCCUUCUCUCGGCUCUCUCUCUCUCUCUCUCUCUCUCUCCCUCUCUCCAAUUUGGGGGAACGCACAUCGAACGCAACCCUUCCUCCCCUCGACGCCGAUGGCUUCCGAUGGCUUCGCCGACAAGAACGCCGUCUUCAGAAAGCUCAAAUCCAAGUCCGACAACAAGAUGUGCUUCGAGUGCAACGCCAGGAACCCGACAUGGGCGUCGGUGACGUACGGGAUCUUUCUCUGUCUCGAUUGUUCCGCCGUUCACCGAAGUCUGGGCGUGCAUAUCAGCUUCGUGAGGUCUACAAAUUUAGACUCUUGGACUCCUGAGCAGCUCAAGAUGAUGGUUUUUGGAGGCAACAACCGUGCACAAGUUUUUUUUAAACAGCAUGGAUGGACGGAUGGUGGCAAGAUCGAAGCUAAAUAUACAUCUAGAGCAGCAGAAUUGUAUAGGCAGUUACUAACUAAAGAGGUUGCUAAGAGUGCUGCAGAAGAUUCUGGACCUUCAUCACCUGUUGCAGCAACUCAGUCCACGCAUGCAGUAAAUGGACUUCCUGAACUUAAGCUUGCAGAUACUUCCAAAGAUAAUCCAAAUAAGACGAAUGAGUCUGAAAUUACUCGGUCACCUAAAGCUCCAGUCCGUUCUGCAGUUAUAAGUUCUGUUAAGAAACCCAUUGGUGCGAAGAAAUCUGGAAGCAAGACUGGGGGGCUUGGCGUCCGUAAGCUCACGACAAAGCCAAAUGAAAGCCUGUAUGAGCAGAAGCCUGAAGAACCAGCACCUGUUGCAGUGUCAGCUAAGUCUAACACAACAAAUGGUCAGUUGCUUUCCACUCGAUUUGAAUAUGUGGAUGUGGAGAACACACCUUCCACCAAGAGCAGCUCUGAUGGCCCACAAGUGAUCAGUCACGUUGCACCACCAAAAUCUUCAAGCUUUUUUGCGGACUUCGGAAUGGAUGGUGGAUUUGAGAAAAAGUCAAACUCCAUUUCAUCAAAUAUCCAAGAAAGUAAUGAAGCAAGACAGAAAUUCUCAAAUGCAAAAUCCAUAUCAUCAGCUCAAUUCUUUGGUGAUCAGAACAAAGCUAGUGAUGCUCAAAUAUCCCUAGAGAAAUUCACGGGGUCAACAUCCAUCUCGAGCGCUGAUCUCUUUGGUCAUGAAACUGAUUCUGGAGUAGAGUUGACUGCUGCAGACCUCAUCAACAAAAUCUCAUUCCAGGCAUCACAAGAUAUAUCGUCACUCAAGAACAUAGCUGGGGAGACUGGGAAGAAGCUGUCAUCGUUAGCUUCUGGUUUCAUUAAUGACUUCCAGAAUAGAAUGCUUUAAGUGGACUGCAUGGGUUUGCAUUCAUAUACAUGCUCAACAGCCAGCUGAUCAUUAGACAGAUGGAAGUUGCUUGUUAGUUGUCAAAAGCUCAAAAUUACCCCCCCUCAAUUUUUUUGUCUUCCGAGCUGUAGCAAUAAACCUCAGUAGUUACUGUGCACCGGAUGCAUGUAAAACUGUAAAACACAUACCAGACUUCGUUCAUUAAAACUAUAUAUAUACGUAGAAUUCUCUCUGAA